AUAAACCUAUUGUUCCUUUGCAGCCUACACAUGCUGACGCAGCUACCCACCUGAACUACAAUGGAAAUAUACUCAAUUGUUAAUUUUAGGGGUGCAUUUGUCAAAUGCAACAAGUUAGUUGCAUACAUUUUAUCUUCUGCCUAGUCUUUGUAGUAUUUAGUAACAUUUAUCUAUAGAAGGAUCACUAUAACAAUUUUUACAUUGAGUUUUAAAUGUUUAUAAUUGUUGGAAAAAUAACUUUUCAGAAUCUCAUCUGCAAAGGUAUGUUUGAAAUCUGAUUUUGUGUUUGAUAAGAAAAACUAGAAACUUUACUCAAUGGAUAUUUGUUGUUGUAUUGGACAGUUUUAAAUGCAUUCAGUUUUGAUAAGCAUUGCUUGUUUUAAAACUCCAGUAACCUGAAGAAGGAGGGACGUGUACAUUUACUUGUUACUUAUACAUUGCAGCAAUGUGACAAGGGGUACUUUUUGGAGCCUUGAUGUGAAUAAUUAUUACUGUAGUCAUGCACCAAUAUAUGAAUGCUAUUGAAAUGUAGAGCAGAGCAAGGAAACCUUUCUUAUUUUAGAAUACUACAUAUUACAAUCCUUAAAAUUGAUAUUUUAUUAUAUAGUCAUGCUUGAAAGUUUGUGAACCCUUCAAGGUGGUCACUAUUUUAAAUAUUAUAUGAACCUGAACUCCUGAAUAUCCCAAAUAAAGACUUCCCACACAUUAAAGGGGAUUUGAACUCAUAGAUUAUCAGACUGUGAUAUUUAAUAAAUCGCCAGAUAUUCUUGUGUGCAAAAGUAAAUUUAAUUCAGUCACUUGUGGCACCUCCAUUAGCAGCAAUAACUCCACAGAGUCGCCUCCUAUAACCAAUUAUCAGUCUCUGAUAACUUGCUGGAAUUAUUUUUUCCCCUCUCCUCUUUACAAAACUCCGCCAGCUCUGUGAGGUUUGAAGGACGUCUUGCAUGAACAGCCCUCUUUAGCUCCUGCCACAGCAUUUCAAUAGGAUUCAGGUCAGGGCUUUGGCUUGGCCAUUCCACAACAUGGAACUUCUUCCUAAGCUAUUCUUUAGUGGACUUACUUGAAUGUUUAGGAUUGUUGUCUUGUUGAAACAUCCACUUUAUUCCCAGCUUGAGCUUUCAAACUGAUGGUCUAACAUUCUUCUCAAGUUUCUUGAUGUAUUUCUCAGAAUUCAUGAUUCCCUCAAUGAUGUCAAGUUGCCCAGGGCCAGAGUAAGAAAAACAGCCCCAUACAAGGACACUCCCACCACCAUGCUUGACAGUAUGGAUAAAGUUUUGUUGAUGGUUGGCUGUGCUGGCUCUUUGCUGAACAUGGCCCUCCCGUUGUGCCCAGAUAGUUCGAUUUUGGACUCAUUUGUCCAGAGAACAUACUUCCAGAACUCUUCAGGCUUGUCCAGGUGGUCCCUGGCAAACUUCAGACGGGCACCUUUGUUCUUUUUUCACAGUAGAGUCUUCCUGGCGACCCUUCCAUAGAUGAUAUUUACCUGCAAUUAUUUAUGUUUGCUCCUCCCUAACACAUUUCAGAUCUUCAAUUUCAUGGGUUAUCUCGGUUAAUUGGUUAACAUUGUCAUUGAUCCACCUGAUCCUGCUUUACCUUGAUGUAUAGUCAUACAACUAAGGGUUCACUUAUUUUUUGCACCUGCACAAUUUCUGUAUACUGUGUGCAUUAUUUUGCUGCGUGACACUUUUCUUUCAAAACACUCAAAUGUGUGAAUACUUAUACUCGAUUACAAUUAGGCAGUGACAAAUUCUGAUUAUGCACUUUGUGGUUAAAAAAACAAAAUCUCAAGUUUUAUAAUGGGUUCUCAAAAUUUCAAGCAUGACUGUAUAUGCAUCUGUUUAUUUUACUUCAAUUUCGCAAGCAAAUGCAGUGUCUGUCAAGUUAAAAGGGCUGGCCAACUCGCCUUUCGUCAUCAUUUUGGAGAUCAGGGUAUAAUUGACUGCUGCAAUCCCAUCUGUAAAAAUGUCUUGUUUUAGCUGUUGACGUGCACAACAUCUUGGAUUAUAUAAAAGUAUAUGUAUUCGUCUGUUGAUAUUUUGGCCAUAGCUGUAGAACAAUGACAUCACAACAUCUGAAUGAUUUUUGAAGGGUGACCAGUGUUUUAAGAACAUUUCAAGACAAGCCCAAGUAUUAAUCUAACAAGUCUUUCUACUAAGUAGAAUCUUACAUCUCAAACUGUUGAGAUUUGUGACUGACUGACUUUAUUUGUGCAUUGUUUCAAAAACAAUAAAGGUCUUAAGUCUCUUCUCAUCCUUUGCUGAGGGAAAGCAUUAUUCUUAACCUAUUCAUUAUUCCUAUCACCAGAAUUCUAAUAAUAAUGAGUAAGUUAGCCUUCAUUGUAUCUUUUUAUAACCAGAAAGAACAUUGAGUUCAGGCCAGGAAACUGUCCACCUUCAUUUAUAUGGCUGUAGUUGGGUGUUUCUUGGAUAUUAAACUUUUUCUUUCCUCUAGUUCUACAACUCAAUGAAUUAUUUUAAGGUCAUAUAACACUUUAGCUUAAGUGAUUUUAAGUUUACAUAUUUGAUAUGUUUCUGUCCUUUUUCGGUGUUGCAUUUGGUGGAAUUUCUGUGCUAUACACAGGAUUUAGCCUAAAACAUUUUCUGUUGUUUUAGUCGGUUUUCUAAAAGCCUGCAAAGGAACAAGUAAUAGGUUUAUUCCAUGCUGAAAAGAGAAGAAAUAAACACAAUGUUUCAGCCGUGGAGCCUUCUUCAGGCGUGAGCAGUUUCUAAAAGCCUGUUAAACUUUCCAUUUAAGUUUAAGAAUGAUUUUAUUGAAAAUGGUAACUAUCCCUACCAGUAAGAAUUCAUUCAGCUUUCAUUUUUUUAUUUCAACUUUCUCGAAUAUUGUUUGGUUACUUCUCAUAGUGUCCAUAAGUUUUUGCUAAUGGUUAAGAAGGUUUGGUAAGUUAUUUGGGCUUAGAAGAAUCUUACCACAUACAUUUUUCCUCAUUAUCAGGGUAUUUUAUCUUAAAUACUUUUAUAUUGAGACUUUACCAAAAACUUUAACAGGUUUUAAUGCAAUGAGUGAAUUGAUAUCCAAUAUUAUGAACGAAGUUAACUUAUUUUUUUCGUAUUGUGAUGACAGUUACUUUAAGGAGAAUAACGCAAUUAUUUUGAGUAAUUUGUGAAUAUGCCUCAAUAAACUUUUAUUACCAAACAAAAUACUUAUGGCUCUAUGUUUACAUAUAGCAGGAUAUUAGAAAGAGGAAUUGUAAAUUUGAUGCUGUCAAAUAUUUAAUACGGUAUGUAUUUUCAAAUUCAAUUUUAUAGGAAUGCAUGAUGGCUCUGCAGCCAAAAAUCGACAAACCCGGAACCAUUGAAAAGGAAGCAUAUGGCUGAUCGGACACCGUUACGUCAAGGACUUUUGCUGAUGCUGAUAACCACAUAGAGUCACAUAGUUUUUGAACAUUUUUGACAGUAUAUAGAACAUGUUGUAAUCAACGCAAAGCAUGUCUGGAACGGCAUUGGAAGAAAUUUCUGUUUUAACCGCUAUCUACUGUGAAAAGGAUGAAUUUGAGUUGCUACAACAGUCGGACACGAAAGGAUUCAUAUUUAGAAUCCAGAUUGCUCUCGAAAGAUGCUCAGAAAAACUGUUGCUGAAACUGGUAUUUCAGUUGCCCCCAGAAUAUCCAUUCUGUCUGCCCGAUAUCUCUAUCAGCUCUGAGCAGCUCACUAGAAAACAGUGCAUCAAUAUAAAGCAUAGUUUACUUAAAAGGGCAUCAAUGCUUAUAUCGGAGCCCAUGGUUCACGAACUGUUGGUGUGGUUGCAGCAGAAUUUUACAGCUAUUACUACAGCUGAACAAUCCCCAGAUUAUUCAAGUCCUGGCAGGAGCUGUGGGGAGAGAUGUGAGCAAGAGACAUGGACUGCUUUGUUGCUGAUCGAUCACAUGAGGGCAAAAACCAAAUAUACAAAAAUGAUUGAGAAAUGGACCUCAGAACUGGAACUCACUGGUAGGCUCUUCUUGGGGAAACUGAUACUAAUUCUUCUGCAGGGAACAAAGGAGAACAUUAAGGAAUACCUUCUUCUUCAGAAGACAAUAAAGGUGGAUGUUGAUUCAUCUGGAAAGAAAUGCAAAGAAAAAAUGAUGCGUGUCCUUUGGGAAGCACAGCUGCCUGCAGCACACAAACAGCUUCCAGCAUUUGAAGUUAAAGAUUAUUCAUCUCUGGAGGAACUGAAAAAGGAAUUUGAAUUAGCUGAACUAUUAGAGCUAUACCAGGAGUUUGUGCACACGCUGGUUUAGUAAUUGUGUCUUUAUCAUCUGGCUGACCCUGGUCAAGUGUAAAUGUUCCACGGGGAUAUUGAAAGAUGUUUUUUUACAGACUUCAAUCUUUCCACUUGCAAUAAUGAUGUACAUUAUCUCAACUCCUUUCUUAUCAAACAAUAACAUAGAUUUAAAAAAUCAUGAAAGAGCAAAGGAAAGACAUCAUUUUCAUUUUUUAUUAAAAUAAAAAUUCCAGAA